UAGAUUUCUUUCUUGUUCCUUAUAAUUUUUGACACCGCCGCACACGUGAUUGAAUUUUUUCAGAAAUUUGCCCUCUAUAAAAAAAAGGUACCAAAUUUCAUCAACAGCAACUUACAUUUCUACCAUUGCUUUCUUUACUUUCUUUACUUUCAUAAGAUCAAUUGAGUUGAAUUAAGAAUUAGACAAGAUGGCAUUAUAUUAUAACUUAGUAUUUGGAUUAUUGGUGAUUGAAAUGGGAUUCUUCACCGUUUUAUCCUUACCAUUUCCAAGAGCCAUUAGACGGAGAGUUUUAGCAACUGCCAGUGCACCAUUUAGAAAUGAACAAGUUCAAAUUGCCAUUAAAUGUAUAUUGGGGUUUGUGCUUGUUUUAUUCAUUGAUUCUAUCAAUCGUGUUUAUGCCGUCACUACUGAAUUACAUUCUGUCAGUCAAGGUAGUGGUGUUGUUCAAGGAAAUAUCUUAGGUGAUAGAUCUGAAAUUCAAGCUAGAAGAUUCUAUGCUCAAAGAAAUAUGUAUCUUUGUGGAUUUACGUUAUUUUUAACUUUAAUUUUAACUAGAACUUAUUCAUUGGUAGCUGAAUUGGUUACAACUAAGGAUAAAUUAGAUAAUUUAAAAUCAAAGAAUGGUAAUGGUUCAGAUUCAGCUGAAAUUGCUCAAUUAAAGAAAGAAUUGGCUGCUAAAGAUGAAGAUUUACAAAUUUUAAAAGAUCAAGCUAAAAGUUUAACUGAUGAUUAUGAACAAGUAUCUGUUGAUUCAUCCAAAGUCAAAUCUAGAAAGAAGUGAUUAACCUAACUUUUUGCUAUUAUUUCUAUGUUUCGCUUUAUUUAUUUAUUUUA